GUGUCUGCUUGAAUUGCUUCCGUUACCACCGAGCUCGUCGACCUAGACAGCGACGACAUCGAUCCUGUCCAUGACUGCAGCAUGACGUUGACAGCGUACCAGAUAAUAAACCCCAUUGCAACGCUACAUGACUGUGCUCUGCCAGUCACUGCCCUUAGCUUCGACCCCGUCUCUGACACGCUCUGGUCUGGGACCAGUGAAGGCACGGUCAUCGCGCUACAUACCAUACAGGGUCUUCGUGGCGUGUCUUUCCCCAUCGGUGGUGUCCUUCAAGUCAAGCAGAUCGUAGCAGGAGACAACUAUGUCAGGGCGCUUGGUGUUGCAGGUGAAGGCGUCGGCUCGUGGUCCAAAGGCGGGAUGAACAAGUGGUUUUUUCGGUACGUGAUUUCUCCUACUACGUUGGUAUAUCCUGACGUCAAGGCUGUAGGCAACCCCGUCCGUGUCGCUUCCUCCUCAUCUGUCGCGACACACCUCCAGUUUUCACAUUCCACGCUCCUUGCAGCGCUUACAGAUGGACACGUGCGUGCAUAUGAUCCCCGCACUGCGCUUCUGCGCGAGAACGGAGAACACUCGGUCCUAGCACAUAGUAGCGGCGUGCAGGACCUCCAGGCGAGUGGAAACUAUUUCUAUACAAUUGGGUGGGGUAUCAGGUUAGUGAAGGUAUAUGAUCUGCGUACGAUGCGUCCUCUCCCUCCUAUCCCCUUCCAGGACGGUCCUGCGUUCAUUAAUAUCCUACCUAAACACAGUUCUAGCCUCGUAGUCACCUCUGCGCAGGGUCUGGUCAACGUUGUCGAUGUAUCUGAUUACAGUAAUGUCUCCGGGUUUUAUCAGCUCGAUACUACAUCCUAUAUUAGCUCAACAGCUGUCUCAUCCAACGGCUCGUUUCUCGCUUUUGGCGACGCGCUCGGUGCCGUUCACCUCAUGACAGCCAUCACAGAGGACGCAGAACCGCUUUUCAAUGGUUUUGAAGGCCAACCCAUCGAAUGGGCCGAUCCCCCCGAGCAGCCCCCUGAUAUCACCUGGACAGAUUCAACACCCCUCAAUUCCAUUGGCAUGCCACACUACAACACUCUGCUCCUCUCCUCUUGGACACCUCAAUUUCUUCCGCGCUCUGGAAUCUUGAGUCCACCUCCGCCCAAAAUUCCACCGCAAGUAUUGAGUACUAUGAAGAUGAAUGACAAUAUUGCAUACGCGGCUCUUCCGAAGGAGCUACGAGGACGGAGGAAUCGUGUACUUGUGACUACUGCGAAAGAUCAAGGGCGAUUCAGGAGUGGAAAGGGCAGAAGAGAUGAUCUCGAGCUGGAAGCACUAACCAUCGACGACAGUGUUGAGGAGGUACCCAGAAUAUACCGGAAGGUAGAAAUCGAGUACUCGAAGUUCGGCGUGGAGGAUUUCGAUUUCGGAUUUUACAACAAAACGCCAUACAGCGGUCUUGAGACACACAUCCUCAACUCCUACACAAAUUCAAUGCUCCAGGUUAUGCACUACACACUUCCCAUACGGCGUCUCGCCAAGUCACAUAUCACAACAAAUUGCCCAAGAGAGCACUGUCUGCUGUGCGAACUCGGUUUUGUGGCACGUAUGCUCGAGGACGCGGGCGGCACGAACUGCCAAGGAGGGAAUUUCUGCAAGACCGUUGGUGUGUUGGCUCAAAGUCAAAACCAGAUCGAGUUGAUCGACUACGGACGCGAGCCCACCGAAGUCGAUUACGCCCAUAUGAUUCAGUCCUUCCACCGGUUCCUUGUCGACCAUCUUUCACUUGAAGGGAACGCCUUCCCACACAAUCCACGCCUCAUACAUCAGCCAUUCCAGGAAGACACGCAUUCGCCUGCGGCGGCGCCUAUCACACAGCUCCUCGGUCUAGACGCAAAGAACGUUAUUACAUGCAUGAGCUGCAAGGCUGUGAGGGAGAAGGAGAACAUGACGCAUGUCGUCGAUAUGGUUUACCCACGGAGACUCACACCUUCAGAUCCCCCUCCUGCAACAGAUUUCGCCAGUAUUCUCCGUGCUUCCCUGAUUCGCCAAAUGACACACAAAGCAACAUGCCAGACUUGCAAGCAAUUUGCCACGUUCAGUUCGCGACGUUCGAUACCCUCAUCUGAGCUUCCGCCCGUGCUUGCGGUUAAUGCAAGUGUUUACAAUGAAGAAAAUCUCAAAUUGUGGCUAGAUAGCCGACAGUCCAGAUUUUUGAGCCCGUCGGUGGAGGUGAGAGGCGAGGUGGAUGGCGUGGAUGAGGUAAUGGGUGUUGUGUAUGCACUGAGAGCCAUGGUGGUGCAAAUCAUGACAAAGGAAAGACAUUCACAUCUAGUUGCGAUUGUUAAGGUUCCUGAAGCGGAGGGCCAGUCGAAUCUCAAGAGCGCCUGGUUUCUUUUCAACGACUUCGUUGUGCGUAAUAUAUCAGAAGAAGAGGCGUUGAGCUUUCCAAGCACGUGGAAGGUUCCAGCAAUAUUGUAUCUUGAGCGGGUUGACGUCCGAGAACAGCUCGACUACAGCGGCCUUCCAGCGCAAUUGGAUCCGUCGAUAUUGAGCCUCGAUACCUCUAUCUCUGUGAACCGUGACGAGAACCUCGUUCGGCACGAGUGUCUCCGCUUCGAAGAACUCCCUAAACCUGGAACACUCGUCGCAAUCGAUGCUGAGUUUGUCUCCAUGCAGCAGGAAGAAACUGAGUACCGUUCAGACGGUACCAACCGUGUCAUUCGGCCCGCACGUCUCAGUCUUGCUCGCGUGUCUGUCCUUAGGGGCGACAACCCGAAUGAAGGCGUCCCGUUCAUUGACGAUCACAUCCAUACUAGCGAGGUCAUUGUUGACUAUCUGACAGAGUUUUCUGGUAUCAAGUUCGGUGACCUUGAUCCGCAUUUGUCGCGGUACACAUUGACACCACUGAAGCUUGUGUACAAGAAGCUCAGGGUGCUCGUUGACCGUGGGUGUAUAUUCAUUGGACACGGGCUAUCGAAAGACUUCCGUAUAAUCAAUAUAUUUGUACCACCAGACCAAGUCAUAGACACAGUCGACUUGUACUUUCUGCGUACUCGCCAGCGGCGACUGUCCCUACGUUUCCUCUCAUGGUUUGUUCUGCAUGAGCAUAUUCAAACCGACACGCACGAUUCAAUCGAGGAUGCUCGAAGCGCACUCAGGUUGUAUAAGGCUUAUCAUGAUUUUGAGGAGCGCGGUGUAUUUGAUGAAAAGCUGGAGCAGUUGUAUCGCGAAGGGAAACAAUAUAACUGGAAACCACCACCCCAGCCAGGCGCGACGACUCGUUCGCCUGCUCCUGCUACACAGACCUCGCCUAUCGCCCAGUUCCCGAUGGUGAAUCAGAACCUUGCACAAUCACCGUUCAGUGCUGUAAACUUCGCUAUCUCUAACCCAGCAUUCUUUGCCUCUCCUGAUAUGGGCCAGUUCGGAGUUGGUGGGCCUAGUCACAGUUGGAAUAACCAGAGGCAUCGAUGAGGAAUAUAUGUUACAUGCAUGUAAUCUAAGCAAUGAUUCUGUUUUGUAUAGCAAUCGCUU